CUUUUUAUCCACGCUGUGAUCAACAUGGCAGCAGAGAUUGUACAUCAGCUGAGCCCAGGAAAAACAGAAGAACAUGAAUCUGAGGACACCUGUGGCAUGAAAAGGAAGAUGAUAGUGAGAUUCACCCUGACAAUGUUAAGUGAGGAAAACGUGGAGCUGGAUGGGCACCAGGAACUGUCACAUCCACAACCAGAGUUGGAAGACAUUGAGGACAUUUUUAAUGAAACUGUGGUCAUGCCUGUGCAGGCAGAUUUUGCCUUUAUUUCUGCAGUUGGGAGAAUGAUUAAAGAACAUGACAAUUUGUUCUUGAAGUCACACCAAAAAUGCAAGUACAUCACAUCUGAACGGAAUCAGAUACAUUUGGCGGACACUAUGUCAGCAAAAAUCACCAUCUUCCAAUGCAUGGCCACCAAAGACACAGAACCAGGUGUUCCUGUUGUGCUGAACUUCACUGAUACAGAUAACUUCUUCUGCUGCACCAACGAAGGAGGAGAAAUUAAUUUAAAAGUUACAAGGUAUGACAAAACAAAACUACACAUCUCUGGAGAUGAUCAAGAAAAAUUAGCCCAUGUUUUCUACAUGUCUCGAACCCCGGACGGUCUCCGGCAUUUUGAGUCAGCGCUCCACAGAGGAUGGUUCAUUCACACUGUUGAGGGUAAUGCUGUGAAAAUGCAACGAGGCAAACUUACAUCCAGCAUCUGCUUUGUUUUAAUUGAGACUGAUACCACAAAAAUCGUUCAAUAUUAAAAUUAUAUUGUAGUACUAAAGCACUGGGUAUGUUUUUAUGGAAUGUAAAAAAAAAGAAAAAAGAAAAAAAUGUUAUAGGUACUUUAUCCAUAUAUUUAUAAUAUUAAUCUCUAUUUACAUCUGUCUGUAUAAGCUACUAACAAUUUGAGCCAUCCUGUUGGUUACAGUAAAUUUAUCAUUUGUCGUAUUAUCAUGUGUUCAUGUAUCUUUUUACACUUUAACAUCAGGCAUUCAAAUAAACAUUUGUGAACA